AUGUCUCUCCCCGAAAAGACAACUUCGAAAGUCGAGGCAGACGAGGCCUUCGAGCCCGUGGUCGAAGACGCCGGCUCAGUCAGCGACGGUGACGAUGCCCUGAAGCUGGUCGGGACGAGACGGCAAUACGUCUUCGAUGAGGAGUACAACCGGCGGCUGACGCGCAAGCUCGACUGGGUCAUCCCUCCCAUUUGUGCAGCGGUGUACUUUACGCAGUUCCUGGAUAAGACAACACUGAACUAUGCGAGUAUUAUGGGUCUGCCGAUCACGGGCCAGAACUAUAACAACGUGUCCAUGGCGUUCUAUAUCGGCUUCCUUGUGUGGGAGUUCCCGACGCAGUACAUCGCCCAGCGGCUGCCGAUCGCAAAGUACCUCGGGUGCAACGUCGUCGUAUGGGGCGCGAUCGUCAUGCUUCACGCUGUGGCGCCGUACUUUGGACCGUUCUUCGCACUGAGGUUCAUCCUAGGCAUGCUAGAGAGCUGCGUCGCCCCGAUCCUCAUCCUGAUCAUAAGCAUGUUCUAUCGAAAGAACGAGCAGGCAUCGAGGAUCGCCUGUUUCUACCUCAUGAACGGCCUGACAUCUAUCUUUGGAGGGUUUGUCGCUUACGGUAUCUCCUUCUACCCCGGCUCAUACGCACCAUGGAAGAUCAUCUACCUCCUGCUCGGCGGUCUAGCCAUCGUGGUAGGCAUAGUGGUCCUACUCUUCCUCCCCGACUCUCCCGUAACAGCCCGUUUCCUCACCGAGGAAGAACGGAUCGCCGCUCUCGAACGGGUGAGAGACGACCAAGGCGGGACGCACAAUAAGACGUUCAAGCGGUACCAAGUGUGGGAAGCGGUGCUCGACCCACGCACAUGGUGUAUCGUCCUCGUAACGAUGCUGACGUCGAUCCCCAAUGGCGCGCUGAGCAAUUUCAGCAAUAUCAUCAUCAAGAGCUUUGGGUAUACGAGUCAGCAGGCACUGAUACUCUCCACGCCGGGAGGACUGGUAGGGGCAGUGACGACCGUGCUGUGUGGGUACUUCUCCGACCGGAGGGGAGACAGGAUGAUGCCUAUUGUCGGAGCGGUCGUGCCUACCAUUGUGGGCGCGGCGAUCUUGGUGGGAGCGAGCAACUCGGGGAUUAAGGGCCUGCUGCUGUUUGCGAUCUAUUUGGUGCAGACAUUUGGCAGUGCGCUGAGUGUGAUCUACGCUUGGAACGCGAGUAACACCAGUGGGCACACGAAGAAAGUCACCAUUAACGCCGUGACGCUUGUCGCGUUUGCCAUCGGUAAUAUCAUCGGAACAGAGAUCUUCCAGCCAUCAGACGCGCCAGCCUACAUCCCAGGGAAGACAGCCAUCAUCGUUCUCCUGUGCAUAACGAUUGUGGUGUGCGUCCUCCUGCGGGUGCUGAACAUCCGCCUGAACAGGGAGAAGAAGCGCGAGCUGGAGAGGUUGAUGGCUGAGCACGGGUGGGGAGAAGAGGAGGUCAGAAGGGAGAGGGAGAGGAACGCGUUUGCCGAUAAGACGGAUAGGGAGAACCCGUAUUUUGUGUAUACGCUCUAG